AUGUCUCCACCUCGUGGUUCGGCAUCAGCUUCGAGCCCUCACUCUGAGCAUGACACCACCUUUCACGGAACUCCAUCCACAAACAUUACCUCUUUCACUCCUGAAGGUGUUCCAGGCACCAAGGGAAAAGGACGUGCUGUUGACUUCUACACUGGAGACCCUGAGGGUGUUGACAUCUACACCAAGGCUCGUGAGGCUACCAAGGCCACCCACGUUCCCAAGCCUGCCAAACAUGCUAGUGUUGCCGAUGACGAUGUCUUCCUGAGUGCACCAACUCCUACCAACGGCCCACUGCUGUCGCCCACUGCUGAGGUCUUCGAACCACAGUUCUCCCACCCUACUGCCGCCAAGGUUCCUUCUGCUCCUCGAGUCUACCGUGCCAAUGGCUUUGCACCUGUGCAGCCUGCUCCCAUCAUCGGACAUGCCUAUGGCGCUCAUGCCUUCCCAAAGAAUGCUGCUCCCACUGGAAACAUUGGUGCUCAGCGCAAGACCCCAGGAGUGAUCGGUGGAACAAACGUCGACACUGACAAUGAAAAGUACCUUGAUCUGCUCAUGUGCCAGAACCAGAUCCAGCUGCAUUACAAGUCUCCAGUUGUCUCUAACAUCUGGAUGCAUGACAUUCACCUUUCUGAAGGCGAAUUCAGUACUGAUAUGAACUCCAUCCGUGCCUUCACUGUCCUCGGUCUCCCUGCUGAGUUCCGUUCUCCUUCUCGCCGCAUCGUCGACGCUUUCAAGCCGGAGGUGUUCCCAUCUAUCAAGUCAAUCAAUGCUGCUCAGGUCGUUACUGGUGGUCUCUUCACUGUCGCCUUUGACGACGUUCGUGACGCUAAGAGAGCUCUCCAUGUUGCUGCCAACUUGGCCCCACACACUCGUGUCUUCCCAAUGAAACUCAAAGCUGUUGCUGCCGACCAAGGCAGAGACCCAACUUUGGAGACCGAGUAUGCAGGACAGAUUGUCAUCAGCGCUUACUACAACGGCAACCCUUCUCAGCCGCCAAUAAAGGCUCAUCCGGUCGUCAUUGAGAUCAAGCGUCUUCUCAAGCAAUGUGGCGAUAUCAAGGCUUUCCACACCAUGCCACCAAAUCAACUUCACUGCCGAGAAUUUCGUGCCGAGUUCUACAAUGCCGCUAACGUCGCUUGUGCGAAGGAUGUCAUCAGUGGCACAGUCAUCAAUGGCACCGUGCUCGAUGUCGAGCUGUAUACUCCGGACAUUCGCCCUGUUGUACUGGACGAUCUUGAUGAUCUUGAAAUCCCUUUCCAGAAGCUGUCUGUGACGGGUCGCUCUACUGUCCCUGUGGAUUCAGAUUACGAUCGUCUCGCCUAUGUCAUCCAACGUGAUGCGGCUCGCAAUGGUCGUCGCGGCAAUCAGAACGGCAACCACAAUGCUGUCGACAUCGCCCGUAUCCAAUCGGGUGCAGAUGUUCGAACCACUAUCAUGUUGCGCAACAUCCCAAACCGCGUUGAUCAACCCAUGCUCAAGGAGCUCCUUGACCGUACUAGCGCCGGUCGAUACGACUUCAUGUACCUUCGCAUCGAUUUCGCGAACAACUGCAAUGUUGGAUAUGCCUUCAUCAACUUCGUCGAUGCACCUUCUAUCAUCCCAUUCGUCCUUGCCCGUGCUGGAAAGCGCUGGAAUUGCUUCAACUCUGACAAGGUUGCUGAGGUCUCCUAUGCCACGAUUCAAGGCAAAGACUGCUUGGUCCAGAAGUUCCGCAACUCCUCAGUUAUGCUUGAGCACCCGGCCUUUCGACCAAAGCUCUAUGUUGCUGGCAAUGUUCUCAAUGCCGGCCAGGAGGAGAAGUUCCCAGGACCUGACAAUGCCUCAAAGAUGCGUCGCUCGGUGGAGAAUGCUGAGCAUGUCGGUCUGUACAUCCCUGAGAAGCUGGCCCUUGCUCUUCGAAACCCAAACCCAAACCCAAACACUCGCCCUGCUUUCCCGGAACCGCAACCUCCCAGACCUGUUGCACGAUUUGAACGCCCUCAGGGCUUCUAUCUUCCACCUGCCCGUGCUGCACCAGAUGCCACUGACGCUUACACCUUCCUUGGUCGGGUGUCGCGGUCUUUCCUGCUCCCACAGUCAUCCGUUGAUGUCAACAGUCCCCAUGAUCCAUUCGCUGGCAACCCUCGCCCCUUCUCGUGA